GAGACUGAGAGAGAGACCUAGAGAGUGUGUGUAUGGGAGAGAGACACAGAGCGAGACAGAGAGAGAGAGAGCAGGCUGGCUCUCAGACUUCUCAUCUCCAUACCGCCAGAGUGAACUGCGGGGGCAGACGGAGUGGAUUGCAGCAGUCCUCGACAGCGAAAAGAGCCUCAAAUGAGGAGUUUUAUUGAAUUAAACUGACUUAAAGGCCCCGCUUUGAUUUUCGGCUACUUUUCCCAGGAGCUUGCAGACCCAACUUUUCGUUUUUUGGAGUUUUGGAGACCCCCAAUUCUUCUUCUUUUCUUUUUCUUUUUUUUUUUUUUUUUGGAACAUGGACAGUCGGCAGUGUGCUGCAGGGAGCGACCGGCCGGUGUUCACCCAGUAGUCAGUGGAAUAAACAGUAAAGUCGCAGUCUGGGACGUUUUACUGGAUGUUUCAUGAAGCGCUUCGCAAUAUCGGCUAAUUCUGGGACACCUUGGAUUUACCAGGAACGGAUAGAUACCGCUGAUACUCGGCCGACGACGAGGGGGAUUUUCGCUUCCAAAGUUGCAGGAAAAACAUGGAGACUGUAAGUCGGCAGAGCUUCCAGCCUCAUCCGGGACUGCAACAAACUCUGAAGCAGUUUCAUCUCAGCUCUAUGAGCUCUCUGGGCGGACCGGCGGCUUUCUCUGCCCGGUGGCAACAUGACCUCCUCUUCAAGAAGGACGGGAAGGAGCCCGAGCCGGUGCUGCAGCAUCUGCCGCCCCCGGUGAUGCCGGGCCCGCUGUUCAUCCCGUCUGACCGCUCCACCGAGAGGUGCGAGACGGUGCUGGAGAGCGAGACCAUCUCGUGUUUCGUGGUCGGCGGGGAGAAGCGGCUGUGUUUGCCGCAGAUCCUCAACACCGUGCUGCGGGACUUCUCCCUGCAGCAGAUCAACUCGGUGUGCGACGAGCUGCACAUCUACUGCUCCCGGUGCACGGCCGACCAGCUGGAGAUCCUCAAAGUCAUGGGGAUCCUGCCCUUCUCGGCGCCGUCCUGCGGCCUCAUCACCAAGACGGACGCGGAGCGGCUCUGCAACGCCCUCAUCUACGGAGGCGCCUAUCCGCCGCGCUGCAAGAAAGAGCUGAGCGGAGCCACCCUGGAGCUGGAGCUCACCGAGAGGAGCUUCAAAGUCUACCACGAGUGCUUCGGCAAGUGCAAGGGGCUCUUCGUGCCGGAACUGUACACCAGCCCCAACGCAGCGUGCAUCCAGUGCAUGGACUGCAGACUCAUGUACCCGACGCACAAGUUCGUGGUGCACAGUCACAAGUCGCUGGAGAACAGGACUUGCCACUGGGGCUUCGACUCGGCCAACUGGAGGGCAUACAUCCUCCUGGGGCAGGAUUACACGGGGAAAGAGGAGAAGGCCCGCCUGGAGCAGCUCCUGGACGAGAUCAAGGAGAAAUUUGACUUCGCCAACAAGUACAAGAGGAAAGCAUCGUCCAAGGCGUGUGAUCCCAUCCCAGCCAAGAAGUCCAAGCAUGAAGAUUUACCACUGCAGUCUCCGCAGGGUGAGAAGGACAAGCAGCAUGACUGGCUGCGCUCCCUGUCCGCCUCCAGUAAGGGACUCAGCUGCAUCCAGCCCAGGCAAAGGCCCUCGGCUUUCAGACCAUGGUCUCCCAACCUCUCUGCUGGAGACAAGGAGGCCUCUAGUCGCCCACUGGCCCUGCUCAGAGACAGCUUCUACAACUACAAGAGCAUGGAGAAUGCUGUGGCUCCUAAUGUUGCCCUCACACCCCUGCCCAUGAGUAAGGUGGGUCCCAUGUCCCCAUCGGUACCCAGCACCUCCCACCCAAGCGGAGGUGAACCCCCUGGCGAGGGUGCCAGUGCCAGCUCCAGGCCCCGCAAGAGGAGGGCCACUGGGGAGCUCCCUCCCCCGGCGCCAGAGGGCUCCUGCCCUCCAUCCUCCACUGUCAACAAGCCACCGCAGGAUGACAAAGACUCGGAGGUGGAGAUCGAGGUGGAGAGCCGUGAGGAAUUCACUUCGUCCCUGUCCUCCCUGUCUUCACCAUCCUUCACCUCGUCCAGCUCUGCAAAGGACCUGAGCUCGCCGGGCGCCCAUGGGCCUAUUUGCACAAUCACAUCAGCGGAGGGCACCGUCCCAGCAGCCCCUCCCGCCACGACCCCCUUGACCCCUCCAGAGUCAGGGUUGGAGUCUGAGCUGGAAACUCUGAGGCAGGCGCUGGACAGUGGGCUGGACUCCAAAGAGUCAAAGGAGAAGUUCCUUCAUGAGAUUGUCAAGAUGAGGGUGAAGCAGGAGGAGAAGCUGGGAUCUGCCCUGCAGGCCAAACGCAGCCUCCAGCAGGAGCUGGAGUUUUUGCGGGUGGCCAAGAAGGAGAAGCUUCGGGAGGCGACGGAGGCCAAGCGCAAUUUGAGGAAAGAGAUCGAGCGCCUCCGGGCCGAAAGCGAGAAGAAGAUGAAGGAGGCGAACGAGUCUCGGAUUCGUCUGAAGCGGGAGCUGGAGCAGGCCCGGCAGCUGAGGGUCUGCGAUAAAGGCUGCGAGGCCGGACGCCUUCGUGCUAAAUACUCAGCACAGAUUGAGGACCUCCAGAUGAAGCUGCAGCACGCCGAGGCCGACCGUGAGCAGCUCCGAGCCGACUUGCUGCAGGAGCGGGAGGCAAGGGAGCACCUGGAGAGGGUGGUCAAGGAGCUGCAGCAGCAGUUGUGGCCCAAAGCCAGCAACGACAAGGAGGCAGUACCCAAGGACACAGCAGCCAACAACUAACCCAAACCACACACCCAUCUCCCUCUCUACCCUCAGCCCCCAUUUGCCCAAUCAGCCCCUCAUCCAGACUCGUUGGGUCGGCAUUCUAGCACCAUUAUUUGUCAUGCUCACUCCUCAAAAACUGCACAGACCCUCGCCCUCGCACCAGAGACAGACCCGCAUGGAGGAUUGAUGUCCAUGGAAAGGCAAGUGAAUGCUCGGUGGUUUCCUUGGUUAAAGACUGGAAACAGCAAAGUCCCAGGCUGUCAGAUGGCCACAGAUGCGCCAAGGAAGCAUUUGUUACUAAGACAAGCACUGACUCGCACCUCAGAACAACUUGCAGAACUGAAAACUGGAUCACGACAAUUAAGGAAAGGAAAAAAAAAAACACAAUGUAUAGCACAAAGUAUGGUUGUGCCUGUAUUUUCUCUGACAAGAAGAAAAUUGGAGGUGACAUUUUGGAUAGACUUUUAUGAUAAUACAUGCUAGAAGAUUAUCAUAUUGUAUUGGAGAUAUACAGCUGUUAAGAGACAUUAAAAUACCAGCGUGGCUGAGGAGGGCUGGGCUCAUAUUUACCCCACAGCCCCCACCCCCACCCCCAACAAAGCCUCCAUCCCUUCCCCGACCACGACGAAGACAAGAUGGAGGAUUUUCGAGACAUUAUAAGCUAUUUAUGAGACUGCAUAGUGAUAUGUAAAGAAAAAAAAAAAAAACGUUUUCUUUGUUUCUCUGUGCUAUCGGAGCUUGAAAAAAAAAAAAAAAAAGAAACGAAAGAUGAGACGAACAAAACAAGAAGCAAAUGAACUUUCCACAGUGCCACCCGUGGUUUGUAGGUCUUCAGGAAGCCGUCACAAUCCACUGAGGGAAAAGCAUCAAGUGUUGUGGGUUUUUUUUUUUUUUUCUUACCGUUGUUGAUUUUGCAAAGUCAUUUGUGUGUGUGUUUUUUUUUUUUUUUUUUUUUUUUUUUUUUGCAUUCAGCUCAAUCCUGUUCUCUCUUUUGAUCAAGACCUGUAUUAGGAUUUAGAAGAAAACAUGCUGUGUUCUUUCUAGGCACCUUUUAUUUAGUGAGCACUUGCUUUGGAUAGUACCAGCGAUGUCCAGCACAACCCGACCCCCCUUCACGACGACACCCGCAUAUUGGUUGUUCUUCUGUGUUUUUGUACGCGUUGGGGUCAAAACCCUGAAGUCUUAUCUUCUGAAGAUAAACUGGUCUGCAUCUGAGGUUCAAAGCCCGGAAUCCAGACUCUAGGUGUGGCUUUGUUUCUUCUUAUUACAUUUGAUCAAAAGAAAGUCAGCAUGUUUUUUUCUCCAUUUUUAAGAUUCAAAUUAUCCUCUCUGAAUACUCUGAUUUUAGGGCUGGAUGUGACGCCUUUAGCAAGAACCACAAAAUGUUCAUUUUAAUUAAAUUAAGGUAUGUAAAUAUGAAUAUAUGUUGUUUUUUUUUUUUACUUUACAAUAAUGAAUCGCACUUUGUCAUAACAAGAUACUGUUAUAAUGCGUUGUACUCCCACUAUUGUCUUCAAUCUUCCUUUGAGAACAACACCGUAUUCACGACUGCUACAAUAUCAACCCAGUAAGCAUUUUGUGGAUUAUAUGCAACUCCAAUAAGUACUGUUGUCAUGUUUUUUUCCUCAAGGCAAAGUAUUGUAAAUAAAAUGGAAGAAAAAGGGUCUACCUGUUGCUUGCUGAUGCAGUCUGGGCUUGAUGAAAACCUUAUGUAUUUGGCAAUGCAUUCUCCCCUUUGGCUCAUAGGGUGAAUUGACAGGACAGAGAGUUGCUUGAGUGCCCAUUGUUCCCUUGCAUUUUGGUUAACCCAUGAAUAAUUUGUUGAAAAAAAUUCAAAACUCUACUGAUAGCAGGUUGAUUCAUUGAGAGGUCUGAAGAAAAAUUCUUCAUGACAUCAAAAUAGAACAAUUCCAUUCAAAAGACAAGACGUUGAAGCUCCGAUUACACAGUGGGUACAACGCAGUCAGAAUGUACAUUGUGUUAAUGCUAUUUUGCUUUGGUUGUUGAUGUUGUUUUUAAUGUGGGGAUAUUUUACUGCUCGUCUGUUAUGUUCACUUUUUUCAAUAGAAAACUCAUAUAUUUUCUUUAUGCAUGAAAUUUGAGAAGGUUUGCCAUACAUAUUAUAGUCAAUAUUGGGCAUUGAUACUGUACAUGUAAGGGUUUUAUUGUGUUAUGCAAUAUAAAGCAAUUUGUCUUAUUUAGAAGAGGAAAAAAAUCCUUUUUGAAAAAAAACAAACAACUUGUUUUACAUCGUUAAUAAGAAAAACUUUACACGUGCACACGCAAAAAAGAAAAAAAAGAAAAAAGAAAUAAAAAUACAACCAAGUUCAAAAUGCAAUGCUGGACAACCUCAAGUGCCUGGAAGUGGGCGAAAGGUUUCCAGAGUAGGAACACUGAUGACGAAACUGUUGUGGCGGGGCCGGCCGUCAACUCCGCCCACCAACUGUGAUCAAACGAGGACACGCCCCCUCUCCCCCCCCUCGUCCCCGUUGGCAGGUUGCAAAUUGAAAAAAAAAAAAAAAAAAAAACCCACCUCGCUCAGCAGCUCUUUUUUGUCAGUAUUCCUAAUACCAACCAGUUUACACACAAAAAAGUUCUUAAGAUUUUACUUUUUUUAAUAAAAAAAAAAAAAAAAAGGCAGGAAACAGUUUAACAGAUACUAGACGCUGAAAGCUUUUUUGGAACGAGCUCUUUUUUCUCUUCAUUUGAAAUCAAUGAUAUGCAUGUUGAAUCCAUUUUUUUUAUAGAAACUUCAAAAGCCACUUGUACCAUUGCUGUAUGGUAAAUUGUUACUCUUGGUUGUAUAUAAAGGCCUACCGUUUAUUCACAAUUUGGUUGACUUGUCCACAGGCGGACAUGUCAAGAAUAAUAAAGAGGGCAUUACUUGGACGCCCGUUUCGUAUCCGACAUUACUAAGGGCAGCGUUGUUGAGAGAAUGACUCUGAGUCUGUGACUUUGGCAGACCUAAAAUUGGUACAUUUUGUAGUUGUUUUUACACUCAAAGGAGUUGAUAGCCUAUCUGUAGUUUCCUUUACUCAUGGUUUUCUACAAAAGAAGGGAGAAAAUGAUGACAUUGGCUCUUUGUUCUCCCAUACAAAGAAAAGCAGUUUAACAACUUCUCGUUUUCUAAAGGAGAAUCAUUUUGCUAAACAAUGGACAAUAAAGCAGCAAUAACAGUCCAUAUUAAUAGGCAAAUACUAGCCAGUGUGAAGAUUUGAAUAAGAAUUUACAAAUGUAAAUAUAUGUUUUUUUUGUUUUUUUUUUUUUCAUUUACGAUAUUGUAUUAUAUAUGUACAUGGUGUUUCCUUUUUCAAAAAGAAAUCUUUUCUUACAAUAGAUGUCUUGUUUUUUUUGUUUUGUUUUGUUUUGUUUUGUUUUUGAAUUUGUGUUUUAACUGAUGUGUUUCAAAAACAGUUAUUGCAGUGCGUAAGAGAAUAUUCCCUUCAUAAACAUAAUGUUAAUCCAAUUAUUUUCAUGUGGGUUUUUUUUCUUUCUUUUUUUUUACUGUAGAGUCUUUAUAUUGAAUGACUUUUUUCACCAGUUCAUAUAUAUUUUUAACAAUAUAUUCAGUAUCAAAUAGCAGACCUAUGGUUAAAAAAAUGGGUCACACAAGACUACGCCACCUUGCAGAUUUUUCCCUCUCUCACCCUCAUGUAUCUUUUUAGCCCUAUGCUGCUGCUAAUACUAUAUAAACCUUACAAUUCUAGAAAUAUUUUUAUGUAAGAGGUAAAUGUAAGCUUUCCCAUUUAUUAAUGCUACAUAUACAGUAUGAGAAACAAGCUUGGCUUAUUCAUCUAUCUCCCUCUUUUUCCUCAUCUUUUCACACCUUUCUCCACAUCCUUCCUUCAACAACACCCCUCCCCUUCUCUCACGACACGGACUAUAUUGUAAAGUAAAGGACUUUAUGAGAUUAUGUUUGAAAAUAGCUAUGCUUAUAUACUACAGUGACUGAAUGUACAGUGUAUAGAUGCAUUACCAGAAAUAAAGUUGUUUGUCCAGA